UAAAGCCCGAAAACUAAAAGGUACUCUCUCUCUAUCUCUCUAAAUUUGAUCUUUUUUUCUCCCUCCAGCUCUUCGAAGCUCAUCGCCAGAAAACCCCUCUAAUUUUCAUCAAGAGAAACCCUAAUUCUAAUAAUCAUAGAGAAACACCGAUUUAUCGCCUUCGUUCUUUCAUCUUUGUGUGUGUAUAUAUACAAUUAGGGGUUUGUUGGAUUCAGGGAAGUAAAGCGGUGUUGCGAGAUCUUGGCAGAUCCGGCGUCGUUUCUGGUCGCGUUGUGUGGUGUUGACUUAUAUUUUGUGACCAUUUGUUAAUGGAUGAUGACAAUUCCGAUGGAAAAUGAAAAAGAAAGCUCCUCAAGGGAGCUUGUAGAGAAUCUCUUCAAUAAGAACAUUGAAUUGGAGAAAAAUAGAAGGAAAGCAGCGCAGGCCAGAGUCCCUUCAGAUCCUAAUACAUGGCAACAUAUGCGUGAGAAUUAUGAAGCUAUUGUUCUUGAAGACCAUGCCUUCUCUGAGCAACAUGAUAUCGAAUAUGCUCUAUGGCAACUGCAUUACAGGAAGAUUGAGGAGCUAAGGGCACUCUUUAAUGCAGCCUUGACUUCAGCAGGAUCCGCUGCAUCCCAAAAUGGGAAAGGUCCAGGCCGAUCUGGCUCUGAUCGACUUGCAAAGAUCCGUUCACAAUUUAAGACUUUCCUAUCUGAGGCAACUGGAUUUUAUCAUGAUUUGAUGUUGAAGAUAAGAGCUAAGUAUGGUCUGCCACUAGAAUAUUUCUCUGAUGGUAAUCAGAUCUCCAUGUCAAAAGACGGAAACAAAUCAUCUGAGGUGAAAAAAUGGUUGAUAUCUUGUCACCGUUGUCUGAUAUAUUUGGGGGAUCUUGCUCGGUACAAAGGAUUGUAUGGGGGGGAAGGGGACUCUAAGGCGCGGGAUUUUACAGCUGCAUCAACUCACUAUAUGCAAGCUUCCUCUCUAUGCCCUUCAAAUGGCAAUGCACAUCAUCAGCUUGCUAUACUUGCUGGAUAUUCAAAUGAUGAGCUGGUGUCUAUUUACCGCUAUUUUCGGAGUCUAGCUGUUGAUAACCCUUUCAUCACUGCGAGAGACAACUUGAUCAUUGCAUUUGAGAAGAAUCGUCUGAAUUAUUCCCUAUUAGUCUGUGAUGGUAAACCUGUCAAGGAGAAGAAGCUAUCUUCAAGGGUACCUGGGAAAGGAAGAGGCAAGGGGUCAACCAGGCUGUCUAACAAAGAUACUAGAGUGGCUACUACUGCAGUUAAGGAGAUGGUUCUAAAUAACGCUGAUCUCUUGAGAGCUUUUAUCACACGAUUUAUAAGGCUGAAUGGCAUUCUCUUCACGCGGACAAGCUUGGAGACUUUUCCUGAAGUUUUAUCCACUGUUAAAAGUGACCUACUAGAACUCCUUCCAUCUGGGCCAGAUGAUGACUCAAACUUUGGUUCAGAUGCUGCUGAGUGCAAACUUGCAAUUGUCAGGAUAAUUGCUAUUCUAAUAUUUACUGUGCAAAACGUGAGCAAGGAAAGUGAGAACCAAUCCUAUGCUGACAUUCUACAACGUUCAGUCCUACUUCAAAAUGCUCUUACUGGUACCUUUGAGUUCGUGGGAUGCAUACUUGAACGGUGCAAACUACUAAAUGAUCCUUCAUCGAGCUAUUUAUUGCCUGGCAUUAUGGUUUUCAUAGAGUGGUUGGCAUGUUGUCCUGAUGUUGCAAUUGGAAGUGAACUGGAGGAGAAACAAAUUAAUGCGAGGACUUAUUUCUGGAACAACUGCAUCUCCUUAUUGAAUAAACUCUUAUCAAAUAUGUCUAUUUUUGGUAAUGAACGUGAAGAGGAGAUGUGUUUCUUUAAUAUGAGAAAGUAUGAUGAGAGUGAGACUAAUCGUGUUGCAUUAUCUGAGGACUUCGAAUUAAGAGGAUUUAUUCCUCUCCUCCCUGCCCAAGUCAUCCUUGAUUUCUCAAAGAAGCAUUCAUUCGGUGACAAAGAAAGAGUUGCUCGUGUGCAGAGAAUUGUUGCGGCUGGAAAGGCUCUUGCCAACUUUGCCCGAAUAGGCCAGGAGGAAGUUCAUUUUGACACAAAGCUGAAUAAAUUUGUCACUGGUAGUGAGCCCCAGGUUUCUGAUGACAGUCUGCCCACCAAUCCUCUAGAGGCCAAUUUGAACAACAACUCUAUGGGCAUUUCUGUUGGGACUGAGGCGGCAUAUGUUCAUCUUACAAAGAAAGAGGUUUGUGCUGAGGAUGAUGAUGAGGAUGAGGUGAUUGUGUUUAGGCCUACCACAAAUGAGAAACAUGUGGAUGACUCCUCUUUAAAUAUAAAUUGUUCAGAGCUUCUUGCUCCGAUCAGUGGGGCUGCUUGCAAGAUUGAUGCUGGUAAAGAACAUGGUUCUUUCUCUGUUGGACAUGAUAGUUUUUUCCUUCAGGAAGAAAUAAAUCCUGUUCCAUCGGCAACAGUUGCUUAUAAUACUUCUCCAUAUCUGUUGCCAGUCCAACCCAUUAUAUCAAAGUGGCCUGUAGAACAUGUUCCAGAUGUCAAUGGUUUGUCCAACUUAAAUCUGAUGGACAGUGGUUCUUUGUGGAAAUCUGAGCCGCUAGACCAGUUUGAAGUUUCUGAACCUGCUGCCUUUUCUGUUCCGUACCCACGUUUUGUCGCUAAUGGUGCUAGCCAUAAUUAUUCCAUUCGGGCUCCCCAAACUGCUGUUCCAUCAAAGUUUGACUCAAUAAUGUCCUCUGAAGCAGCUGAUCACGACCUGUCUGUGAAACCAAUAUCUGCUGUUGCACCAGGUUUAAAGAAGAAUCCUAUUAGUCGACCUGUCAGACGCGCAGGUCCACCACCUGGUUUUGGCUCUGUUCCUUCCAAAGUCCUGGACGAGUCAUCGAAGGUGACCAUGGCAUAUGAUAAUCCUCCACUUCCACAAGUAGAUGAGUAUAACUGGCUAGAUAGAUAUUCCUUGUCAUCAGUAAAUCAAAGUGUCGGAUUCAGCACUUCAUUCAAUCAAGUGGGACCUACUAUCCAUUCUAAUGGUUCAAAUGAAAUGGCAAGCUUCCCUUUCCCUGGAAAGCAAACUCCGUGUUUUCAAGUACCAAGUGAAAACCACAAAGACUGGCAACACUAUCCUCAUAUGGAACUCAGGAAGCCUUAUGAGAACGAGCAGCAGCAAUUUCAGAAUGGAAAUCAACAGCAUGUUGGUCCUCCUCAACAGUAUAAAGGACAAUCUCUCUGGGAGAAUAGUUUCUUUGUGUGAUGAUUGAGAGAUCAUAGAUGGUAAAGAUCGUGGCCGGUAACUGCAGCAAAUAUCUGUAGGUGGAGCUGCUGUUUCAUCCAUCACCUUUGCAGAAUGGCCUGCACAAUGAAAUUCUUUUUGGGGCAUGAUCUGGUGUUUUGCAGGCACUUGCUGUUUAAUAGGUGAAGGUCUACUUUUACACCGUUUAUAUGUUUAAAUGAAGAAUUGCUUUCUGAUAUUUUGUCUUGUUUUCGUCUGCUAUGUAGCUUGUGCCAAGAUUUCCAAGGUCGGUUGAAUGGAGCUGAAGAUGUCAAUAGGUGGUGGAGUACUUGGAUACUAUGGAAGCAAGAUUGCCUUUGUCUGCUUGGAUUAAAUGGGGAAAGGCUUGAGGGGUAGCUGAUUGUGGUUGACGGUGGUCCUAUCUGGAUGGAGUUCAAAGUUUGCGCAAUUCUAGUUGGAAGUUUCUAGACUGAAUCUGUGUCUCUGCCAUAGUUCCAUGAUGAGUGAGAAGUAUCAAUAUCCAGUAUCCUAUGACGUAUGUUUAGCAGUUGUUAAGUCUGCCUAAGUUCAGAAACCGAAAUUUCUCCCAUAUCAGAAAUAUCCCAUGAAUGUUAGGUUUAAUAAUAAAUAGGCUAUAUCUCGUAAACAGAAUAAGGUAUUUCAUGGUUUAUGCUUUUCUUGUAAAAGCAAGACACCAAUUUGCUGGUGAGUCGUUUUGGUUUUGCAUCAAGUUGGUUGUGACGUUGAUGUUUGCAAAUUUCAGUUGUGAUAUCAUAACUUCUUGUUUAUUUGGAGAAAUCAGUAUUGUACAUUUUUAUUUUGUGUUA